AUGGCCGCUUCAACUACAAGUCAGGUUUAUAUCGAUGUUAUCGAAGAUGUCAUGGUCAAGGUUCGAGAUGAGUUCGUCACCAACGUUGGUGGUCUUGGAGAUGAAGUUCUCCGAGAGCUUCAAGCCAUUUGGGAAACGAAGAUGAUUCAAGCUGGUGCAGUGCUUGGUCCAAUUGAGAGGUCUGCUGCUGCUAAUAGACCAACGCCUGGUGGUCCGAUUACUCCUGUUCAUGAUCUGAAUGUGCCGUAUGAGGGGACUGAGGAGUAUGAAACUCCUACUGCUGAAAUACUUUCCCCCCCUACGCCAUUGCAAACUCCAAUUCAGACCCCUUUACCUGGAGCUGGUGAGACCCCGAAUUAUAACAUUCCUACUGGACCAAGUGACUACUCUUCUUCUGGAAAUGAAACUGGUGGAAAUGCUGAUGUAAAAGGUGGAAGACCAAGUCCAUUCAUGCAACCUCCUUCUCCUUGGAUGAAUCAGAGGCCUCCACUUGAUGUCAAUGUUGCUUACGUGGAAGGACGGGAAGAGGCUGAUAGAGGAGCUUCUAAUCAGCCUAUGACACAAGAUUUCUUCACAGUGCCUGGUGGAAAGCGAAAACGCAAUGAUAUGCCUCCACAAUAUGAUGUUGGAGGGUAUAUACCUCAGCAAGAUGGAGCUGGUGAUGCUGGAUCUGGCGAUUUUGAAAUUGAGGUAUGUGGAGGGAGCAUCUCCUUCAAUUCACAACACACUAAUUCAAAAGGGAAAAUGCCCGCAGACUUGGAGAGACUAACUUCUAGGAUUCCUCAACUUGAUGGACCAAUUCCAUAUGAGGAUGAUGUGCUUUCAAAUCCAAAUAUAUACUAUAAUGGUGGAGGGUACAAUGAAGACUACAACGUUGCAAAUACACCAGCUCCUCCUGAAGUACCAGUAAGCACCCCUGCUCUCGUUGCUCAAAAUGAGGUGGUAAAUGACGAAAACGAUGAGCCUGCUAGGGUUCUUGUUGAUGCUAUUGUUGAUAAUAGUGCGUUGGAGCUUUUGGUGCAGAAUCUUCACCGUUUGUCUGAGUCUGAUCCUGAUGAAAAUGCGGCUAUUUAUAAUACACUUGCUACGAUUGAGAAUUUGAUUGAGGUGAAACCUGCUGUGGCGGAGUUGGUAUGCGAGAAGACAAAUUUGUUGAAGUGGUUGUUGGGGAAGAUUAAGGUGAGGGAGUUUGAUGGGAAUAAACAGUAUGCGUCGGAGAUUUUGGCGAUUUUAGUACAGAGUAGUUCUGUGAAUCAGAAGAAAUUCGGCGCAGAUAUUGCCAGGUUUCAGAAAAAAACUGCCGAUACUAGUUCGACGAAGAUUCAGAGUGUGACAGAAGAUGAAGAAAUCAAGGAAACAAUAGAAGCUGUGUCUUCAAAGAAAAGGAAGCGAAAGAAAACCUCUUCUGAAGCUGUUGGUGGAUUCAGUGUGUUCCGAAGUUCAACAUCGAAGACAAAUGAAAAAGUCCAAGCCGGUGAUGAUGAGUCCAUUCGUCUGAAGAAAGAAAAAAUAAACGACUCGAGCGUGAUGCUAUCUUCAGGAAGAGUCAUAACAUUCAUGUCUCCGGUUACAAUGUGCUGUCCCCACUUCAAAGCUUUGAUGAGUUGA